CCUCCUCCCUUCUUUUAGUCGUCGCGUCCAUAGACUCUAGCUCUCACACAACACUCCGACUGUCCAUCUCGAACGAUUUACGAAUGGCUGGAAGCCUAGCGGGAUUUCUGGUGCUGCUUCUGGCGGUUUCGAUCUGCGAAGCUGCGUCGAUCUUCCAGCCGAUCUCAGAUUCACACCGAUCUGCGGCCUUGGAGCUCUUCGCGCCCACCGAUGGGUCGUUUGGAAGCUUGGAAGAGAAAUACGAGGCCUUAAGAACAUUUGAGAUUCUUGGAAUUGAAAAGAAGCCAGAUAUAAGCACUAGUUCUUGCCAAUCUGUAUCAGAAACUCUUGGGUCAUCAUCUUCGACUACAGAAAAUUUAUUCAAUGCAUUAAAAGUUAAUAGCAUCUUGAAAUGCAAUGUUGAUGAGGAAAUUUUCCAGGGCAUUGCUUCAAGACUUAAAGCUGUUGUCAAUGAUGCCACUUCAUUGCUUGACUUCUACUACUCAAUUGGAAGUUUGGUACUUAUUAAGGAUCAAACUUCUAAUGUUGAUGCACUUCUUGGUGAUGCUGAUGGAAUUUUCCGUUCGAUUAAGGCUCUGAGCCAGAGUGAUGGAAGGUGGCGUUACAGUUCAAAUAACCCUGAGUCUAGUACCUAUGCUGCUGGAUUAGCCCUUGAAGCACUCGCUGGAGUUGUGUCAUUAGCAUCUUCUGACCUUGAUCAGUCUCUGAUUGUUACAUUAAAGAAUGAUAUUGUGAAGCUCUUUGACAGUAUUGAGAAAUAUGAUGAUGGAUCCUUUUACUUUGAUGAGAAACUAGUUGAUGCACGUGAGCAUCAAGGUCCUCUUUCAACUACCUCCUCAGUUGUCCAAGGGUUGACAGCGUUUGCAUCUGUGACUUCUGGAAGAAUAAAUCUCCCUGGUGACAAAAUAUUGGGUUUGGCAAAAUUCUUCCUUGGCAUUGGAAUUCCUGGCAAUCCAAAAGACUUCUUCAACCAAGUAAACUCGUUAGCUUGCUUGGAAAACAAUAGGGUUUCUGUCCCACUGAUUUUAUCACUUCCAGCUACGGUGCUUUCAUUGACGAAAAAAGACCAGCUAAAGGUUAAAGUGAAUACUGUGCUUGGAUCAAGUGCUCCUCCUCUAACAGUGAAGCUCGUGCGAGCCUUCAUUUCUGGUUCAAAGGAUUCUUCCGUAAUUAAGAGCCUGGAACUCAAGUUUGACCCAGAAAAUGCAGUACAUUUCUUGGAUGUUUUGCCAAAGAGUGUUGAUGUUGGAAGUUACCAAUUUGUUUUUGAGAUUGUUCUUGAUGGUUCUGUGGAUAAAAAAGUCUAUGCCACUGGAGGACAAACUCAAGUACCAAUAUUCAUUACAGGAGUUAUCAAAAUUGACAAUGCAGAAAUCGCAGUACUUGAUAGUGAUAUUGGGAGCAUAGAAGCCCAGAAGAAGCUAGAUCUGGCUGGGGAAAAUUCCGUAUCAUUAUCAGCAAACCACCUCCAAAAGCUGAGACUAUCCUUUCAAUUGACCACUCCUCUCGGGAAUAGUUUUAAGCCACAUCAGGCAUUUCUCAAAUUGAGACAUGAGACCAAGGUUGAACACAUCUUUGUGGUGGGGAACUCUGGCAAACAGUUUGAGAUAAUUCUGGAUUUUCUUGGACUGGUUGAGAAGUUUUUCUAUCUCUCUGGCAGAUAUGACAUUCAGUUCACUGUUGGUGAUGCUGUCAUGGAGAACUCCUUUUUACAGGAUGUUGGCCAUGUCGAACUAGAUCUACCAGAAGCACCCGAGAAGGCACCCCGCCCUCCUCUACAGCCUGUUGAUCAGUACUCAAGAUUUGGGCCCAAAGCAGAGAUAACCCACAUCUUCAGGGCUCCAGAAAAGCGUCCACCUAAGGAACUCUCUCUAGCUUUUCUGGGAGUUACCCUUUUGCCAUUCAUUGGAUUUUUGAUUGGGCUAUUACGCAUAGGGGUGAAUCUGAAAAACUUCCCUACUUCAGCGGUACCUGCCACAUUCGCCGUCCUUUUCCAUCUUGGCAUUGCAGCAGUUCUUUUGCUUUAUGUGCUUUUCUGGUUGAAGUUGGAUCUAUUUACAACAUUGAAGACUCUUGGCUUCUUGGGAGCUUUCUUGAUGUUUGUGGGACACAGGAUCCUUUCCCACCUCGCCUCAACAUCUUCCAAAUUGAAAUCCACCUGAAAGAAAGAUAUUUCCUUUACUCGAGAGAUAAAAAACAGUGGGUUGGACUUCCAAUUCAAUUUUGUAGGACUUUUUUCGGUAAAUUAUGACAUACCUGUUCCUAAUUUUAGUGCACACCAUUAUAACAUCUAUUAAAACAAAGAAGCACCUGAUCAAUGUGUUUCCAUUUUUUUUUUUAA